GAAUGCGUUUGGCUCUGGCUGAUGCUGGUGACACUAUUGAAGAUGCCAACUUCGUGGAAGCAAUGGCAGACGCAGGUAUUCUCCGUCUAUACACCUGGGUGGAAUGGGUGAAGGAAAUGGUUGCCAACUGGGACAGUCUAAGAAGUGGUCCUGCCAGCACUUUCAAUGAUAGAGUUUUUGCCAGUGAAAUGAAUGCAGGAAUUAUAAAAACAGAUCAAAAUUAUGAAAAGAUGAUGUUUAAAGAAGCUUUGAAAACAGGAUUUUUUGAGUUUCAGGCUGCAAAAGAUAAAUACCGUGAAUUGGCCAUAGAAGGGAUGCAUAGAGAACUUGUGUUCCGGUUUAUUGAAGUUCAGACUCUUCUCUUGGCUCCAUUCUGUCCACAUUUGUGUGAGCACAUCUGGAUGCUCCUGGGAAAGCCUGACUCAAUUAUGAAGGCCUCAUGGCCUGUGGCAGGUCCUGUGGAUGAAUCCUUGAUACGUUCUUCACAGUAUCUCAUGGAAGUAGCACAUGACCUUAGACUACGUCUCAAGAACUAUACAAUGCCACCUAAAGGGAAGAAGACUGACAAGCAGCCACCUCAGAGGCCCUCGCAUUGUACCAUCUAUGUGGCGAAGAACUAUCCACCUUGGCAGCAUACUGCCCUGUCCAUUCUGCGAAGCCACUUUGAGGCCAACAGUGGAAAAUUGCCUGAUAACAAAGUCAUUGCUAGUGAACUUGGUAAUUUGCCAGAAUUGAAGAAAUACAUGAAGAAAGUUAUGCCAUUUGUUGCUAUGAUUAAGGAAAAUGUGGAGAAGAUGGGGCCUCGUGUUCUGGAUUUGCAAUUGGAGUUUGAUGAGCAGGCAGUACUUAUGGAAAAUAUAGUCUACCUGACUAAUUCCCUUGAGCUAGAACACAUAGAAGUCAAGUUUGCCUCUGAAGCAGAAGAUAAAGUCAGGGAAGACUGUUGUCCUGGGAAACCACUUAAUGUUUUUAGAACAGAACCUGGUGUGCCAAUUUCACUAGUAAAUCCCCAGCCAUCUAAUGGCCACUUUUCAAUCAAGAUUGAAAUCAGGCAAGGAGAUAACUGUGACUCCAUAAUCAGGCGUUUAAUGAAAAUGGACCGAGGAAUCAAAGACCUUUCGAAAGUGAAACUGAUGAGAUUUGAUGAUCCACUGUUGGGGCCUCGGCGCAUUCCUGUUCUGGGAGAAGAGCACACUGAGAAGACCUGCAUUUCUCAGAAUGCAGUUUUCCAUGUGGACCUCAACAGCAAGAAAAUUUAUCUCACUGAGAAUGGGCUACAGGCAGAUAUUGGAGAUACAAUUGUCUAUCUGGUUCAUUAAACUCAUGCAAACUGG